AUGUCAGAGCAAGGUACUUCAAAUCAUUACCAUUAUAAAAUACGUAAUGAUCAAAUCAGAGAUCAAAUUAAUAGCAAAAUCGUAUCCGCAAAAGCGACAAGUCCAAUACUUGAAUCUUUCCAUGACUAUCAACCUCCAAGAAAUACUCAUAUAUCGCCUGCAUCUGAUGAUGACGUGCAAGCAUGUCGUGAUAUUUUAGAAGCAGAAAACAGUGCUCACCCAAGACCGCACCAUCAAAUUUUACAAAAUUCGCACGUAGAAAAUAUAACGAAAUCCAAGACAAUAUCGGAAUCUCAGGAUAACCACGCUAUCAAUGCACAGGAAGGGAAUAAGGUUAUUAAAAGAAAAAAGGUUAAAAGGAAAGCCAAAAAAAAUGAUCGUCCAAGUAAUUUGCAGUCACGUCCAUUCAUCCAUGAAUCAAAUCAAGGAAUGAAAGCACAAAAUGAUAUUCGACAAAAUGAUAGCUUUAAUUUAGAUAAGAAACUUGAAAGCAUACAUAAAGUGACUUCCUUAUCUAAAGAGGCUGAAAUCCAAUUAAAGUCUCAAAAUCCUUCUACAUACGAAAGGAAUAACCUUAAACAACAUGAUAAAGAGAAGACUAAACAAUUUACUUCUCAAGACAAAUUUCACCGACAAGAUCCUUUAGAAAAUUCCGUCAUUAACGAAGGGACAAUAGAUACAGAUAUACUCCGCCUAAGAUAUCAACUAACUGAUGCUGACAGACGUAAAUUACUGCACAUCGUCAAAUUUCAUACAAACGAUUUAGAAGUCCUUUUAAGGGUCCAUGAAAAUAAGCAACGUAAAACCCAUCAGCUUUCAGAUAAACGUAAUGAAUUCAAUGAGCAGGAUGAUAAAAAUAUUAAUUCAGAAGCUCAACAAUCGGCACAUCAAAAAAUAGUACUUGGUGAAGCUCAGCUUGAAGAAAAUACCCACACAUAUAAUAAAAAUAUUAUGCCGGAAAAGGAAUAUUCGGAUUAUGACAAAUCACACACAGAACGCCAAUCCGAUCAACAAAAUUACCUUAACGGCAAUGAGUACAGACAAGAAAAUAUUCUAAAUAAACAAACCAAAUUACAAAGCGAAACUUCGUUAAGGCAGCCGAUGCUCUCCAACGACUAUAUAAAUCAAACAGCACCGUCCCAUGAAACUGUAUCACAGCUGAGACAGAAUAUUACGAAUAAAUAUGGUAGCGAUACUGAAAGCAAACAACAAAAUCUUCUAGUCACGGAAGGCAGAAAGAUAUAUCAUCAAAGUGCUUCUAACGUAGCUGCUGGGAAAGAAACCAUGGAGACUCCAAGACGUGCGGCACACUUGGAUAUAUCGCCGGAAUCUCAAGGUCACUCAAAUAAUCUACUUCGUUAG